UAGGAUGUCUUGGAUCCCCUCUCUCUCAUCUCUGUCGCCAUUUCGAAAGUUGGGAGGAUCGUUUCCUUACCAACCUGAAGACAUCUACGACCAUGAAAAGCAGCUGUAUCAUCCACGAUUGAGUGAAGCAACGAAACGUUUGCUUCAAGACAUAUUCGAAGGAAUUGAUGUGCGUCGUAUUGUGGACUACCACACGCACAUUAUUGGAAAGGAUGAAGCGAAGACUGGAUGUAGAGUAGAUUCCAGGAUGUUGAAAUGGUAUCAUCCUUGGAAAUAUAUGAAGACAUGGAUCUUCCUGUUUGCGGCUGGAGUGCAAGACUUGGAAAAUGCUGAUGAACGGUAUGUUGAUCGACUGAUGAGACUUGUCAAGCACUCCGCUCCUGUAAAAAGAGAAGAUGGUAUGUCUUUUCAUGGACGCAACUGUAUUCUGGCAUUUGAUCAAGUGUAUUCAGCAAAGGGCGAGCCAGAUGAAGAACACACAACCUUAUAUGUACCAAAUAAGUAUGUCUACGAAUUGUCUCGAAAGUAUCCUAACGAAUUCAUUGCAACAUGUUCGGUGCACCCGUUUCGGCCUGAUGCAUUGGAAGAGUUGGAUCGUUGUCGAAAACAAGGCAUACGGAUCAUUAAAUGGCUACCAAACUCGAUGAAUAUUCGUCCAGCUGAUGACGACCCUCGUUACGAUCAAUUCUAUGACAAAGUAAAGGAGUUGGACAUGUAUCUGCUGAUACAUGUGGGUGAUGAGCAUUCUGUGUCAUCACGGUUUCUGGAUAACUCUUUGGGAAACCCUCUUUUUCUUCGAAAGCCAUUGAAUAAAGGUGUGAAAGUGAUUGCAGCUCACUGUGCCACAGAGGGCAGUUCUGUUGAUUUUGAAACAGACACAUCUGGUCAUAUUAAGGCGGAGAACUUUGACCUUUUUCUCAGGCUCAUGCAUGAUCCAAAGUAUCAACAAAAUUUGUUUGCUGAUAUUUCAGCUACAAUUAGUUUUCUCAGAGUCAAGUAUCUUCCAAGGCUUCUGGCAGAGAAAGAAAUUCAUUCCCGUCUUGUGUUUGGCUCUGACUAUCCUGUCCCUGCUAUCAACGUGAUUGUUCACACAAAAAAGCUGCUGAAAUACAAUUUGAUUACCCCUGAGCAAAAAACGUGUCUUGACGAAUUGUAUGAAUUCAAUCCAUUGCUCUUCGACUUUGCCUGCAAGCGAUGCCUUUCACACGAAGGACAUAAAUUUCCUAUCUCAUUAUUUAUGGAGAAUCCCAACUUACCAGUGUCAGAGGACAGUAGCAGUUUGUAAUUCUACAAGC